CUUGAAGGAAAUGGCAGACAAAGACUCUGUGGAGAAGUUUCUGGACAACAACCCGGCGUUUGCGAAGGAGUACUAUGAAAAGAAAGUCAAGGCGGAUGUUAUCGCCGCAGCCUUUGAUAACCAGGUGCAGGUGAAAGAUCCAGCCUCUUACAAUGAGGUGACCACCAUCCAGGAGGCCGAGUUCAUAUUCGAGCUGGUGAAGGAGAUGAAGGGCAGCGAGCAGUUGGAGAAGUCCCUUCAUAAGGUUCUGCAGAGGAUCGCUCUGAUGAUCAAGGCCGACCGCUGCAGCUACUUUGGCUACCGAGCUCGUAACGGAACCCCCGAGUUGUCCACCAUCCUCUUCGAUGUGACCUACAAUUCUCCAUUCGAGAAAAACCUCGUGAACCCCAACGUAGAGAUCGUGUUUCCCACUGACAUGGGGAUUGUGGGAUGGACGGCGCACUCCAAAAAACCCCAGAAUAUUGCAGACGUGAAGAAGGAUUCUCAUUUCAGCGACUUUGUGGACAAGCAGACCAAGUACACAACGAAGUGUGUACUCACAGCUCCCAUCAUGAGUGGAAAAGAACCCAUCGGUGUGGUUAUGGCUCUCAACAAACAGGGAGCAGAAGAAUUCUCCAAGAGUGACCAGGAGCUUUUUAAUAAAUACAUGACCUUUGCUACUGCGGUCGCCCUUCAAGGUCACAAUGCAUACAUGUGGGAUGUGGAGUCCAGGAGGAGCCAGGUUUUGUUGUGGUCAGCCAGCAAAGUCUUUGAAGAACUGACGGACAUUGAGCGACAGUUUCACAAAGCAUUGUACACAGUGAGGACCUACAUCAAGUGUGAGAGAUACUCCGUCGGCCUGCUGGACAUGACUAAAGAGAAGGAAUUCUUUGAUGAGUGGCCGAUCAAGUUAGGAGAGCAAGAACCAUACAAGGGUCCCAAAACACCAGACGGCAGAGAAAUUAACUUUUACAAGAUCAUCGACUACCUGCUGGAAGAUAAGGAGGAGAUCAAAGUCAUUCCAGGCCCCCCUGCUGACCACUGGGCCCUAGUCAGUGGGCUCCCCUCAUAUGUAGCAGAAAAUGGAUUUAUCUGCAACAUGAUGAACGCGCCUGCGGACGAGUAUUUUCAAUUUCAGAAAGAGGCAGUGGAUGAGACGGGAUGGAAAAUCAAGAACGUCCUGUCGCUCCCUAUCGUGAACAAGAAGGAAGAAAUUGUGGGCGUGGCCACAUUCUUCAAUAGGAGAGAUGGCAAACCAUUUGAAGAGAGCGAUGAGCAGAUAACUGAGGCUCUGACCCAGUUCUUGGGCUGGUCCACCCUCAACAGUGACACGUACGACAAGCUGAACAGAACAGAGUGGAGGAAAGACGUUGCUCAGGAAAUGUUGAUGUACCAGACAAAGGCCACGCUCAGUGACGUGCAGACCAUCCUGAACACUCAAGAGAAGUUUGGCUCAGCACCAGAAGACUGUGACCAGAAGGAGAUGUACAAACUGCUGAGAUCAACCAUCCCGGAGUCUAAGAACGUGGAGCUGCUCGAGUUUCGCUUCAGCGACUUCCCCCUGUCGGAGUUCGAACUCAUCAAAUGUGGCAUUCGCUGCUUUUUUGAGUUGGGGGUGGUAGAGAAGUUCAAAGUCCCAGCAGAGACCCUGACCAGGUGGAUGUACACAGUUCGGAGAGGCUACCGUGACAUCACUUACCACAACUGGCGCCACGGCUUCAACGUCGGACAGACCAUGUUUACUCUGCUGCUGACUGGAAAACUGAAGAAGUACUACUCUGACCUGGAGGCCUUUGCGAUGGUUGCUGCUGGAUUCUGCCACGACAUUGACCACAGAGGAACAAACAAUCUCUACCAGACCAAGAGCGCAUCUCCACUGGCCAAGCUGCACAGCUCCUCUGUGAUGGAGCGACAUCACCUGGAGUACAGUAAGACCCUGAUGGAGAAUGAGGACUUGAACAUAUUCCAAAACCUACAGAAGCGGCAGUUUGAGUCAGUUCAGCACCUGUUUGAAGUUUGCAUCAUCGCCACUGACCUGGCCCUUUAUUUUAAGAAAAGGACGAUGUUCCAGAAGAUUGUCGAUUCUGUCGAGGGAAUCGCAGAUGAGAAGGAAAAAGUCGGAUACGUCUCCAACAAUGCAACCAGGAAGGAAAUCAUCAUGGCGAUGAUGAUGACCGCCUGUGAUUUGUCGGCCAUCACAAAGCCGUGGGAGGUUCAGAGCAAGGUGGCGUUGAUGGUGGCAGCUGAGUUCUGGGAACAGGGCGAUCUGGAAAGGACAGUUCUGGAACAACAACCAAUUCCAAUGAUGGACAGAAACCACGCGGACGAGCUUCCCAAAAUGCAGUGCGGUUUCAUCGAUUUCGUCUGCUCCUUCGUCUACAAGGAGUUUGCGCGCUUCCACACGGAGAUCACUCCCAUGUUUGACGGCAUGAACAACAACAGGAAAGAGUGGCGAGCGCUCGCCGACGUGCAUGAGGCCAAAAUUAAGGCUCUGGAGGACGAGAAGAAAAAGCUUGAGGGGGGAGACCAACCAGAAGGGGGCGGAAAGUCAAAGACAUGUGUUGUCUGCUGAAAAUAUAAAGGUCCGGAUCACACAUGAUCUCCGACCUUUAAAACAAAACAAUGACCUUAUUUAUACCUCUAUACUUAUGUAUAGGUUCAGACAUCCCAUGAACCAAAUUUCAUCCAAUAUUUAACACAGUUAAGAAGUAUAAUAUCCCUGAUAUUAUUGAUCUGAAGUCUUCAUAUGGGAAACAGUAAUGUACAUUGUUGUAAUGUAAUGUACUGGCUGUCUGCUCAUGUAGCCGUGUUAAGUUACUCUGCGUGCCGCACCUACGUCAGACCAUGCCAUCGUCUCUGUCCACGAUGUUUAUGCUCUAAACUAGCGCUCCACAUCCUUAGCCCACAAGCCAGUGGAUACCACGGCUAUACAGUAUGCUGCGCCACCAUAUACUGAGCUGAACAUAAAGAAAGAGACUACCUCAACCUCUAAAUCAUAAUGAUACCAGUGGCAAGAGGUGUUUUAUUUAUAAAUGUGGAGUAUACAUGUAUUUUAAAAAAGGGUCUGUUUGAGAGAGAGAGUGGAUAUUAUUUUUGUAUGUACUGUACAAGUGGUCAAGCUGUGCUCUCAAGGAAGCAGGUGAGAGAUGUAAGAAGAUUUGGCCAAAUUGGAUUCAGUUAUAAGCGCGUUGGAGCAUAGAGGCUUUUCCAUUUUAAAUCUCCUGCUUACAUAAAGUAAAAUGCUGUGGCCGUCCUGACAAGUUCGGCGUCAACUGCGCAAGGACGGGAGGAUGGCGCAGUGACCUGUGCAGUAAAGUGGAAUUUACUGUGACGUUAAUGUAUGAUCGCAAUUUUUAUGUAGCCGCUGUGUAUUUCAAAUAGAGAGUCCAUCUCAUCUGUGUUUGUAUAUAGUUCUGUACAUAGCCUUAAGAUGAUAAAUAAAUGAAGUUUAUUUUCAAAUCAAAAUUCCUUUGUGGCGUUUGACUACUAGUUUGUAGCCUCUUCCUCUAUGUGAAGUUGCUUCACCUUAUGUUGAGGAUUAGAUAAAUAGUUUGAGCUGAAACAAAGUGAUUCAAGUUUGGCUGGAGUUUCUGUGGAGUUGGUUUGUUGUCAGUGGUGAUGUAGUCAAGGAUAUGAGUGGUUCUCCAGAGUGAUGCUGUGUAUUUGCCAAGGAUGUGGCACAGUUGCUGUUCUGUGAUUUUAACCCUUGAACCAUUGUGUUUGACUUCACAUAUGUAUUUUUUUUUUCAGAUAAUAUCCAUUACUAAAGCUAUGGGUAUUGAUUCAAAGCAGUUUGAUUUGAGUGAAUUCAUUUCAUUUCAUUUAAGAUUUUCUGAGAACUGGCCCAAUUUUGGGCCAUGCAGAGAAAAAUUCAUUCAGAUCACUCGAUAGUUUCAAAAAAAUGUUUAACCCAGCCCGACACGUCAAGCGAACGAUGGCUAUGGCUCACUUUGGCUGAAGUUCAGACCUCCUGACUUCAAAGAGCUCUACCAAUUGUUCAAGCUGAUCACCAACCACAUGGUCACUUUGUUCGAAGAAAACAAUUUGUUAAAAUUAUUAAAUUACAUCCAACUAUCAUGAGGAGCUUUAAGACC